AUGGUUAUUAUUUUAGAGUUCAGCAUUCUUUUUUUUUCGUUUGAUCUUCUGAAAGCAGACUUCUUCUGUCGUCUGGCCGUAGCUAUAGAGUUUUUCAACGUAUCUACCCUGUUCGUGGACAUGCACAGUUCAUUAGUAAAUAUCUCAGUUCUCACCAGCGCUAUCAUUCGCUUUUGUUCUAUCUCCGCGCCGUCGAAAUUAUUGCACCGCUGCCGUAGACUUCUGAGGCGUGAUUUACCCCUCCCCAUCUACAUCGCCCGCAGAACCAAGAAAAAAAAAAUAAACGUAGAAUCACUCGCUGGCAUCAUCGUCAUCAUGGUUAUUUUAUCCUUAAUCAUUAUCCAUCAUCGUCGAAAAGCAUCAAACACAUCACGCUCUCUCUCUCUCAUUCCUUCUCUCAGUUCCUCACUCCUUACUUACUUACUCUCCCUCAUUCUUUCCUUCACUCUCUCUCUCUCUCUCUCUCUCUCUCACGCUUUCCUUCACGCUCUUACUCCUUCACUUCCUCCCGCCCUCAAACUUUCAUUCACUCUUUCACUCCUUCCUUCCCGCGCUGACUCCUCCCCUCACUCACUAAAUAUACACUCAUCAAUCCUUCACUCUCUCUCUCACGCUUUCUUUCUCUUACUCCUUCCUCCCUCCCUCCCUCCCCCUCCCUCAAUCUUUCAUUCACUGUUUCACUCCUUCCUUCCUGCGCUGAGCUCUCUCACUCUCCUCCUCACUAAAUCUACCUCAGUCAAACCUUCACUCUCUCUCUCACGCUUUCUUUCUCGCACUUACUCCUUCCCUCCCUCCCUCCCUCCCUCCCUCAAUCUUUCAUUCACUGUUUCCUCCUUCCUUCCUGCGCUGACUCCUCUCACUCCUCUCCUCCCACUAAAUCUACACUCAGUCAAACCUUCUCUCUCUCUCUCACGCUUUCUUUCUCGCACUUACUCCAACUCCUCCCUCCUCCCUCCCCUCCCUCCCUCAAUCUUUCAUUCACUGUUUCCUCCCUUCCUUCCUGCGCUGACUCCUCUCACUCACUCACUCACUAAAUCUACCUCAGUCAAUCCUUCACUCUCUCUCUCACCUUUUCUUUCUCACUUACUCCUUCUCCCUCCUCCCUCCCUCCCUCCCUCAAUCUUUCAUUCACUGUUUCCUCCUUCCUUCCUGCGCUACUCUCUCUCACUCACUCACUCACUAAAUCUACACUCAGUCAAUCCUUCACUCUCUCUCUCACGCUUUUCUUUCUCACUUGCCUCCUUCCUCCCUAUAUCCCUCCCUCCCCUCCCUCAAUCUUUCAUUCACUGUUUCCUCCUUCCUUCCUGCCUGACUCCUCUCACUCCUCCUCCUAAAUCUACACUCAGUCAAACCUUCACUCUCUCUCUCUCACGCUUUCUUUCUCGCACUUACUCCUUCCUCCCCUCCCUCCCUCCCUCCCUCCCUCAAUCUUUCAUUCACUUCAAUCCUUCACUCUCUCUCUCACCUUUCUUUCUCCUUACUCCUUCACUCCCCUCCCUCCCCUCCUCCCUCCCUCCCUCAAUCUUUCAUUCACUGUUUCACUCCUUCCUUCCUGCGCUGACUCCUCUCACUCACUCACUCACUAAAUCUACACUCAGUCAAUCCUUCACUCUCUCUCUCACGCUUUCUUUCUCGCACUUACUCCUUCACUCCCUCCCUCCCUCCCUCCCUCCCUCAAUCUUUCAUUCACUGUUUCACUUCUUCCUUCCCGCGCUGACUCCUCUCACUCACUCACUCACUAAAUCUACACUCAGUCAAACCUUCACUCUCUCUCUCACUUAUUCUUUACCCCUCAAUCACCCCCUCACAUACACACUUUUCCCUCACUCAUAG